AUGACAGUUGAUGAUAGUCAACAGCAUAUAAGGGUGUUGAGGACUGAUAGCACUGGGGUCGUUAUACACAGCGCUGCGGGCGAGGCGUCGACAACGGCGAAGACGGAGGAGGACGUCGACGCUGAGGGACAAGACAGGGACAGGAUGAGGGAGAGGAGCCUCGAUCUGUCGCCAGCGCUAGCACAUGGUCUACACCCUUGUUUCCUCGUUCCGAACUCCAUGAUUCUAUCAUAA